AUGUUCGAGCGUCGCGCAGCGGACCGCUAUCGUCUGCGUAUGCACCGUGCCCGCACGGUUGCGCUGACCUCCGACGAGAUCGUGGAAGUGCGAGCUGCCCAGCGGACAUUCGAAGGCGCCUAUGUGCGCACUGCUCUCUCCCAAUUCUCCUUCGCCCUCGUCGUCCUCAAGAUCUUCACCAACGAGUUCUACAGUACCGGGGCGCUGUUUGCCAUCUACGGUACCGGCGUGCUCAUCAUCGGUCUCUUCCGCCGCCAACAGGGCAAUCGGCAAUUCUUCGCGGAGGUGGGAGAAGAUGGCAUCCAUCGUCACAAGUUCCGAACGAGCGGCAAUGCCGUCCUGGUGCUGACGGCCCUGAGUAUCGCCGCCUAUGUCACUCUGAUCGCUCUCACCAUCCGCCUCGAUCACUAG